GCUAAAUUCUUCAACCUAGAACCACCAUACAGCAAAAACUAUAACUAGGGAAAACAUCUCUGUUCAAAACUACCUUAGGACAUUGGAAACAGACACCAUGAAAAUAGCUCUCGUCUUUCUUUUCAUUGCCCCUUUUGCUAUUUCAAGUAAAAUUGACAAGGACUACUCUUCCAUUGAUUCUGCACCUCCUGAGCCAAACUCAAGAUUUGCCAUGUUAGAUGAUGUGCGGAUUUUAGCUAAUGGGCUUCUCCAGCUUGGGCACGGCCUUAAAGACUUUGUCCACAAGACCAAGGGGCAAAUGAACGACAUCUUUCAAAAACUGAACAUUUUUGACAAGUCUUUUUAUGAGCUCUCACUGCAAACCAAUGAAAUCAAGGUAGAAGAAGAAGAGCUCAGAAAAACAACUUCCAGAUUGCAGGCCAACAAUGAAGAGAUAAGGAAUAUAUCCCUCGAGCUGAACUCAAAGAUUGAAGACCUAUUACAAGACAAGAUCCAGCUUCAAGAGAAAGUAGGGGGGCUGGAAGAGAAAGUAAUUAAAUUAGUCCACAUCCAGCCUGAAGUUCAAGAACCGAAAGAAAUGACUUCACUCAAAAAUUUUGUACAGCAACAGGACAACCACAUUAGGCAACUUCUCAAAGUUGUACAAGAACAGCAUGCACAACUUGAUAAACAGCACAAUCAAAUAAAGGAGCUGGAAGAGAAGCUAAGCAAUACAAGUUUCCAAGAAAACACAGAGAGUUCAUUUUCUCUGAAGCAAACUGAACCAAAGAUCAUUCCCCUUCCUUCACAUAAUUCCACAGCUCCAGUUCAGGAAUUCAAUGGUGUUGCUACUGAUUGCACUGCCCUUUAUAAGAGAGGUGAACGGACGAGUGGCAUUUACUCUAUUAAACCCAACGGAUCUGAAGCUUUUAAUGUCUAUUGUGAAAUGAAAUCUGACAGCUCAUGGACAGUCAUUCAAAACAGAGUUGAUGGAUCACUAGAUUUCAACCAAACCUGGGAGAGCUAUGCAAAUGGUUUUGGAGAUCUCAAGGGGGAAUUUUGGUUGGGACUAGCGAAGUUAUAUUCCAUUGCUAACCAAGCUGACUACAUUUUACGUAUUGAGCUGAAAGACUGGAAAGAUAAUAAACGUUACGUCGAGUACACACUCACCCUGGGAAGCCCAGAAACAGACUACACACUUCAUCUUUCAGAGAUCUCAGGGAAUAUUCCCAACGCACUGCCUGAACAAACAAAACUGAGGUUCUCUAUGAUGGAUCAUGACAAUGCUACAAAGAGAGAUUUCAACUGUCCAGAAAGAUAUUCAGAUUUCAGAGUCCUAAGACACCACCUGAGCAUUAUUAUCCCAUUUCACAGGUGUGGAAAACUGAAGCACAGAGAUGCUAAGUGGCUGGUGGCACAGAGCGUGUGGGGAAACCAAUCUGAAUGGAAAAUAUAUCAAACCAAGAUCAGAAGGAAAACUGGAAAGGAGACGAGGAAUAUACUGGAAGCCUCAGAAAGGAAGAUUCUAUUUGAUCAAGUCAACCAAACUGAUGAUACAUCCUACGGAUUUAGAAACUUUUGAGUGAAACCUCAUUCUGAUGUGUUUAAUUGAACACAUAUUCACUGAACAUUAAACAUAACAUGAACUAAUAAUCAGGGCUGAAUGCCCAAAUACAAGGCAUUACAUAUAUUCCAUACUACUCAAUGAUACAACACGGAGGAGUCUGCUAUGGUCUUAUGGUAUAUUUUGAGAAUAUUAUUA